UGAUGUGCGCAGCAACCAUUUGUCCGGACCUCUGCCAUCUGCCCUCUCCACUCUUGUCCGCCUGAGCACCCUAACUCUAAGCAACAACAAUUUCACGGGCCCUAUUUUCAACGUCAUUGUCAACAUAUCAUCCCUUGUUUCUCUUUCAUUCUACAGCAAUCGCUGCACGGGGCCCAUUCCACCCGCCAUCUCACGCCUGCACCGGCUUGCGUUUCU